GCCGAAUUUCUGGUUGAGGAGAGAGAUAGAGAGAGUAAAAGAGGAGAGAGAGAGAGAGAGAGAGAGAUAGAGAGAGAGAGCUUUGUGUUUUGGUGAUGGUUUGUGUGUGAGUGUCUGAAAAAUAAUAGUAAAAAAAAAUAUAUAUAUAAUAAUUUUGUAAUUCUGCUGCUGCCAGUGCUACUUGCCUCCAAUCAUUUGACUCUUUUUUUUUUCCAUUUUUUCCCCCAAAUUUUAAUAUAAUUUUGGAGUUUGUGGUGUUGCAAUUUUGGAUUUUCUUCUGAGAAGCAAUUUUCUUACAUUUUCGCUCUGGUUUCCCGGCGAGAGAGAAGGAAGUAGAGGAGUAGACGAAACAAAUAUCUCUGCUUCUACGAAACUCUCACGCGCAUAGACCCUCUCUCUCCUCUCCUCUCCUCUCUUUCUAUUUCUAGAAUUCCAUGAUCAUGACAAAGAGCUCUCGAAUUCAGUAUGCCAGAUAACCCAACUCCAAUGGACUCUCUCUAACUGCUAUUUUUGUUCUACUCUCUCUCUCUCUCCCUACACUCUUUCAAUUUUCUCUAUUCUUUCCCCUUUUCGGAAUUGAUUGAGGUAAUUCGAAUUUGGGUUUUUCGUUCGUUCGAUUUUUUUGAAGUUUUGGGAUUUUUGCAUGUGAUUGGGUGAUGAUAUUGCAUGUGGGUUUUUCUACUUUUUGUGAAUUUAGUUUGCUAUUGAGGGAAAGUUGGGUAAUUUGGAGCUAAUUUUGGGUUCUGAAGUAGGUAGGUGUAGAGAAAGUUUCAACAUUUAAGGCCAUUUGUUGAAUUUGCAUGCUAAAUUUGAGUUGGGAACUUCGCUUACUUGUUACCCAGUUGGGUUUUUGAGCUACUUUUUCUGUUUCUUUCAUCUUAAUUUGCAAACAAUUUGAUCAUGUUUGACUUAUCAUUUUAUUUUUUGGGCAAUCUGUCAAGCUGAUAGUAUUUGACCCCCAUCAAUUCGAAAACUUGCAUGGGUUCUGAUAGACCCUGUUGAUAAUGGUAGAGAAAUCUGUAGCGAUAUCAGUCCAUCCGAUCGUCGGCAAUUCUGGUGGAUGUUUGAUUUUAGUGCUGCUGAAUACUUAGUCCUUUGAUUAUAUUCUUCCUGCAUAAAUUUGUCUGUAUACUUGUUCGCAGAUUUUUUUAUUUAUAAAUUUGUGAGUGUACUCAUUUGCCUCUCCAAGUAUGAUAGUUCUGACAUAUAUGUGUACAUAUUCUGAUGCUCUUCUGUUUUUUCUUGGUUAAAAUGAAGAUCAGUUAUUGAUGCUUUCCAGUUUCUGUACGUGGUGAGUCACAUUAUGUUGAUUGCUCUGUUGACUCACAACUAUAGAAACACUGUGGAACUUAGCUAAAGUCUUUGCUUUUGGAGUUGUUAAGUUAGCUAUAAAUUAUGUUAAAAUCCUAAUGAAACAUACAGAGCACGAUAAUGAAAUAUGCGGAGCAACAUGAUUGGGAUUCAGGACUACCUUUACCUUGUAUAGUCACCCAAACGACGUUUUUAACCAUGCACUUGAACUCAGGAUAAACUUCACAACUUUCUUUGUUUUUAUUUUUUGCACCAUAUUGAGUUCUGUCUGUAUUAUUUGUUCGUUAAUAUUUUUGGAUACAUGUGAGGUAUCUGCAUCUACGUAUGCAUGUUUUCUGAACUAGCAAAAUACAUUUUGAGAGUUUGGUAAUAACUGAACGUUAUAUAUUUACUUCCCUUGUUUUUUCAGAAAGUGGUUCAAUGGAGAAACAUUUAGGGGAUACGAUAUUUGGUCAUUCUGAAGGUUCCCUCUCUUUUCUUUACUGAUGGAAGCAUUGCACAGGAGCAUAGCCACGGGCCUUCAAGAUUCCAUCUGCUAACAAUCCUAGAAAAUCUGAAAGUAAAGCAUGGGGGACCCUUCGUGCAACUGAGGCAUACCAUGAAUCAAGUGAUACUAGCUUGUUUUCGAGUUCGUUACCUGUCCUUCCACAUGAAAAGUUGAACUUUUCUGUUUCGGAGCAUUUUGGUCAGUCUGUUGAUGAUAGUUUACCCAAAUCAAGCAAUGUUGAGCAAGAAAAUGAGGUUAAGGAUCCACUUGAAAAUGAUGAAUCAAAUGCAUUCAGGGUCAUGCUUCCUGAUGAUGAAGAUGAUCUCUUAGCAGGCAUAAUGGAUGAUUUUGAUCUAAGUCGAUUGCCUAAUCAGCUGGAGGAGAUGGAAGAGUACGAUCUGUUUGGAAGUGGAGGUGGAAUGGAAUUGGAUUCUGAGUCCCAGGAUAGCAUCAGUAUUGGCAUGUCAAAACUAGGCAUAUCUGAUGGGGUUGUUCCAAAUGGAAUUGGUCUUUAUGUCCUUCCAAACGGUGUGGGAGCUGUGGCUGGGGAGCACCCGUAUGGAGAGCAUCCAUCUAGAACCUUGUUUGUUAGAAAUAUCAACAGUAAUGUCGAGGACUCUGAAUUGAGAACUCUAUUUGAGCAAUAUGGGGAUAUCAGAACUUUAUACACUGCAUGCAAGCAUAGGGGCUUCGUGAUGAUAUCUUACUAUGACAUCCGAGCUGCUCGCACUGCAAUGCGUGCAUUACAGAACAAGCCCUUGAGACGGAGGAAACUCGACAUUCAUUUUUCAAUUCCCAAGGACAACCCUUCAGAAAAGGAUAUCAACCAAGGAACUCUUGUGGUGUUUAAUUUGGAUGCAUCAGUGUCAAAUGAUGACCUUCGACAGAUAUUUGGGGCUUAUGGGGAAGUCAAAGAGAUCCGGGAAACCCCACACAAGAGACACCAUAAAUUCAUUGAGUUUUAUGAUGUUAGAGCUGCAGAGGCAGCUUUAAGGGCAUUAAAUAGGAGUGACAUAGCUGGGAAACGCAUAAAGCUCGAACACAGCCGCCCUGGUGGAGCACGUAGAAACUUGAUGCAACAACUUACUCAAGAGCUUGAACAGGAUGAAACUCGGAGUUUCAGGCAUCAAGUGGGUUCACCUGUGACCAACUCUCCUCCAGGUACCUGGGCACAUAUUGGAAGCCCCAUUGAGCAUAAUCAAUAUGCUUUUAGUAAGUCUCCGGGUCUGGGAAGCCUCAGUCCAGACAGUAACCAUUUGCCUGGGUUAGCUUCAAUUCUCCCAGCUCAUUUUUCUAACUCUCCAAAGAUCGCGCCUAUUGGUAAGGACCAAGGAAGGGCAAACCAUAUAAAUCAGAUGUAUAGCAACUCUCCAUCAACACAAGGAGCAGCGUAUCAACUUUCUCAUUCUUAUCCAGAGCAGAAAUUAAGCGCAAGUCCAGGUCCCAUCUCAUUGGGUGAGUCAAAUUCAACUUCAUCAGGGAUUGGAACUUUGUCAGGUCCUCAGUUUCUCUGGGGCAGUCCAUCUCCAUCUCCUUCUGCUGAGCCUAGUUCUUCUGCCUGGCCAACCUCGUCUGUGGGGCAUCCAUUUUCAUCCAGUGGACAGGGGCAAGGCUUUCCAUUGGCCAGCCGGCAUGGCUCUUUCCUCGGUUCACACAACCAUCAUGUGGGGUCUGCUCCAUCCGGUGGUGUUCCUCUAGAGAGGCAUUUUGGUUUUUUCCCAGAUUCACCGGAAACAUCGUUCAUGAAUCCAGCGUUUGGGGGCAUGGGUUUAAGUCGCAACAGUGGGAAUUACAUGAUGAACAUGGGUGGUCGUGCAACUUUGAGUGCUGGUGUUGGUCUUCCCGGAAACAUUACUGAAAAUGGCUCACCUAGUUUCAGAAUGAUGUCAAUGCCAAAGCAUGGUCCUUUGUACCUUGGGAAUGGUUCAUAUACUGGACCGGCAGCAACCAUCAAUGAGAUGUUGGCUGAUCGUGGUAGAAGUCGGCGAAUAGAGAAUCCUGGGAAUCAGAUGGAUAGCAAAAAGCAGUAUCAACUUGAUAUAGAUAAAAUUGUCAGUGGGGAAGAUACUAGGACUACUUUAAUGAUAAAAAACAUCCCGAACAAGUACACUUCCAAAAUGUUGCUGGCUGCUAUUGAUGAAAGCCACUGUGGUACAUACGACUUUCUCUACUUGCCAAUUGACUUUAAGAAUAAGUGCAAUGUGGGGUAUGCCUUCAUAAAUAUGGUGUCUCCUACCCACAUUAUAGCCUUUUAUGAGGCAUUUAAUGGGAAAAAGUGGGAGAAGUUUAACAGUGAAAAAGUUGCUUCAUUGGCAUAUGCACGAAUCCAGGGCAAAACUGCCCUGGUGACUCAUUUUCAGAAUUCAAGCCUAAUGAAUGAGGACAAGCGUUGCCGGCCCAUUCUCUUCCACUCGGAAGGCCAAGAGACUACUGACCAGGAAAAUUACCUUUCCAGAAAUUUGAACAUAUGUAUUCGGCAGCCAGAUGGAUCUUACUCAGGAGACUCAUUGGACAGCCCAAAGGGGGAUCUGGAUGAGAAGCCAGAGAACAGUUAACAGCGUAUCGUUAUAACUUACUCGCCUGAUCAGGGGGUAGGGCUGCUAACUUGUGCAUAGUUAAGUGUACAGUGUAGAGAAAGAAGUCAAGCUACGGGGCGUAUAAUAACUAAAUUAUGGCUAGUGUCUGCUUUUGAGUGCUGGAUACCUCUGAUAUUUACUGAGGAACUUAUUGAAGUGAAAGCGGCCUAGAGCAUUUAGUUAAUUUGUAGAGGUGCAAAUUGUUAUUCAACCAAGGGAGUCGAAUAAGGUGAAGCAUAUCGCUGAAUUGUGAAGUCUCUCUGCAGCCAUAUGCAUUACUCAACAGGUUUCUGCAGAAUCUCUCCCUUCGGUUUUUGCCCUUUUUUUAAGGGUAACGUCCUGAGCCUUUCAAAUCCUAUUUGCAAAUACGAUUUACGUGUUUACAUGGUGAAAUGCCUUGUCGGGUUUAGGGAUUCAGGUGCUGUUUAAAACGAACAAAAAAAAUGAAAGAAGUUUGUAUAGCGGGAGGACAAACAGAAUCAGCUUGUUCAUAUGCGUUGGUCUUGUUAUGUACCCGAAAAACUUUGUACUGGAUUACGUAAAUACAUGGAUGUACAGAUGUUUAUAUA